AAACAAAAACAAGUCUAAAAACGAACAUAACCUUUUGAUGGAUGAACGCAACGUAAAUAACUACAUAAAUAAGUUGUGAAAAAUGUCGUAUGAUACUAACGUUGUUUACGACCAGUGCCAUAGCAUCAGCGUAUCUUUCAAUGGACUUAACGUCAUUAAUAAAAAUGUACAAAUUCGAAUGUCGAGGGGCUUUCUCAACAACCUGACGAUUAAACUAUCAGAAAUGGAUAACUACAGCUUCAAUUAUUCUUGCACGAUUGAUCCAGGAUCAUUCCAAAGGAUGAGGGCAGAGCAAUUCCUCGAGAUUAACUUUGAUGAGCUCCAAUCGCAAAUGAUUGAUCUCUUGCACGAAAUACAAAACGAACAGAUGUUCUUGAAGCUGGAAGCGGAAAGCAACAAGUGCAGAAUGGUCUUCUAUGAAAAAUCGAGAUUGAAAUCUCUGAUUUUUCUGGUAAUUGAUUUGUCUUUAACAGAUCAGAGGGAGAUCAUCGAAGAAAUGACAAAAAGUAUUGCCACUCUUAAAGAGGAAAAUCGUAAUUGCAAUUAUCGCCUAUCUGCGAUUCGCAAUCAGUUGCAAGAAAAGGAAACCCUGCUAGGGGCUACAGUGUCAACAAGUAAAAUCUUUGAAAAUCGUGUUAAAAAGGAUAUGCAAAUGCUGGAAAACGUGUUUUGCACAACAUUGCAUAAGCUGGAGAGAACGAUUGGGGAGAAAUUGAACAGACUGAGUUUGAAGCAGGUGAAGUUGCUGGGAGAUGUGGAAAGCGUGAAGAACGAUAACAGAUUGAAAUGCGAGUCGAGCGUCAGAUUGGUGAAUUCUUUGCACUCGCUGAGGUUGGAAAACGAGCGACAUUUGAAGAUGGUCGACGAACUGAAGCUGGAGGUAAAUCACUUGAACAUACUGAGAAGGAAUUGCGAAGAUAAAUGCGCCACAUUGCAACGAUCUCUUGAGAGCAAGAACCACGAUAUGCAAGAUUGCAAAGGACAGAUCUCGGAGCUGAAAAAGGAUUUGCAAGAUGCUACGAUGAUCAUCGCGCAAAAGUCGAAAACGCACGAUGAAAUUGCCAAAGAUCUCGUCCAAGCCAAUUCGAUGUUAGUCAACUUCAACAAUCAAUGCGAUACUCUUUCAAAAGAGUUGGAUGAAUCGAGGGAAGUCAUACAAUUGAAGGAUCGAAGCAUCAAAGAAAUUAAUAUUAAAGCGCACAGAAUGCAGGAGGAGUUCGACGUUUAUAGGACUAAAUAUAAUGUUGAGGAGUUUGCUAAAUUGCAGCAGGAAUUGUGUUUAGCAAAGCAGAAGGUGAAUGAUCUUGAGAAGCACAAUAAGGAAACUAUUAAAUUGAAUGGUUUGCUGACAAGAAAACUGUCUUCUGGAGAUGUUUCUCAGCCAGCUCGAAAUGCAUGGUUACCGCCCAGCCAAAGAAGCAAUUAUUAAAUAUAUUGUAUUUGUAAGUUCAUAUGCAGAUCGAAUAUUGUGAUAUCUUUAAUUGUUGAUGAUGAGAUGUUUGUAUUUUUAUAUUUAUAUAU